AUGCAACGUGGAGAUCACGAAAGGGUCCUCACACCGACCAAAAGCGGACGGGACUCCCGGAUCGAACAAAAGUGGCAGGGAAGUACAACACAGCCACCACCCACCAAAGCGUCAGGAAAAGGUCAACAGAGUAUCAGCAGUACAAAGAGAGAGGGGAAACCAACAUCUCACAGGAAAACUUGGACUUUACCAGCAAAACGGGAAAACCAAAAAACUCAGUUCGGGAAAUACCCAGUUCCGAGCAACUCCGGGUUUUCCCAAAACCCAACAUACAGGUUUUUCCCAAUACCAACACAUCACGAAUGUCGGGAAAAUCCCUCCCGAACAGUAGAUGCCAAAAAUCAAUACCAAGGCAAGAGUAUCAAAGCCAAUGGACAGCGAACAAGUCCAAAAUACUACGGCCGACGGUCUAUACAAGGUGGAGGCGCAGCGAAGCCAACGGCAAUCAGACGCGUCCUGAACACCAAGCUCGCAAAGUUUAGAGGUACCUUCCUCCACGCACGUGAACAAAGGUUCAAUAGGGUACCCCAACCGGUGUCACUGCCCCGCCAAUACUAUGGUAAAUAG